AUGGACUCACGCUCCCCCUCUCCAGAUCUGCCAAGCUCUCCCCCGGCGUUGCCCUCGACGUUCCCCCGUCGCAAGCGCGCGCGAAUUGACUACUGUUAUGACGAGAACACAUCCAGCGAUCCGCCCGUUUUCUCGAGCGAUGACGGCCCAGAGGCGUCAAUCGACAACUAUGUGACUCCCCGCAAGAAGAAGCAGUACAGAGGCACGUGGUGGGACCAUCAGCCGGUCGCUGAAGCUUCCAACAAUACUGCGGCGAAGGUGGACCUCACCCGCAACGUGGACAGCGGUGUCUGGAUGGGGAGCGAUGGGACCGACGACUCAGCUGCGUCGGCGACGAGGUCAAGCUUCGGAGCGGACACUACAAUGUCGGAGGUGGCCGACCUGCCUGACGAGGUCGGCCGUGUCGGUUGUCGAGCAAUCGCCAUGUUAUCGCCUACGGCCAGUAAGCUCGGGGCAGUGACGGAAGGUCUCGCACGACAGAUCAUCGAGCAAUGCCUUGAUGAUGGGAAAGAGAUGGUGGAUCUCAGUGAUCUUUCACUGACCGCAAUUUCUGACGCCACACUUCGUCCGCUCCGUGCUCUCAUACGAGCGCCUCGUGCUGCUGAUGCGGUGCUCGAUUCUCGUCGCUCUUCUCGUUCGGACUCAGACCUCUACGCGCCCUUCACGCCUUCGCUGCAGCUAUUUCUCUCCCGCAACUCGCUUCGUUCGCUUCCGCGGGAGCUAUGGAACCUUCAGACCCUCACGGUGCUCAGCCUUCGAAACAACGCACUCACUGAGAUACCCUCUGCGAUCGCAAACCUUCGCAACCUCAAAGAACUGAACUUGGCCGGCAACAGACUGCGGUGGUUGCCUUGGGAGUUGCUCGGCCUCGUCGCAUCACGAGGUCCUCUGCAACGGCUGACGGUCUUGCCCAACCCAUUCGUACAAGGCACACGGUUUCAUGGCGAGCUGGCACAACAAGGGCACUGGAGGUUUCCGGCCAACCCGCAAAAGAUGGAAGCGGUGGCUGCCCAGCUCCGGCUCAAAUUGCAGCACACCAAUUCUCCAGGCUCGCAGGAGCAAUUCGAGUGGCUGCUGAAGCUGCACGAAGUGUACGCCGAAAGAAUGCGCGAAAUCGGCGAUUCCAAUCGCGAAGACAACUGGUUUGCUCCCAAGAUCGGAGUGGAUUAUCCACUCAACCUAUGGAAAGAAGACCCGGUCCAUCUCGCAUCAACGCCGGUCACAUUCUUCACCUUCGACGGACGGCUUGAGCGGCACUCACCGCCGCCGCCAUCCACAACACCCGAGGACAUCAGAUUUCUCCCUUCCGCAACCCGCCACACCUCCACCGCUGCCCCCCAAUCUGUCGCUCACGCCAGCCGCGCACCUUCUCUCUUUGAGCUCAGUCUUCGUACCAUCACCUCUAUGCCUUUCUCCGCUCCGUUGAGCCUCCUCCCUCUCCUCCCACCCGACGCACCGGACUCGGUCGUCCGCGCUCUUCACACUGUGGAUGAGGCUAAGCAAGAUAAUGGGAAGAAGUGCAGCGUCUGCGGGAAGGGAUACGUCAUACACAGAACUGAAUGGAUCGAGUGGUGGCACUGCGUGCCGGAUUCGCUGGUCACCGGCCUGGAUGCUAUCGGUGUGCCGUUCCUGCGGAGGGGCUGCGGGGUGAAAUGUUCGCCGUAUGAGGGCAAGUUGUGGGAUCAUUAA